AUGGAACGACUAAAGCAGAAGCGGACGGCUCUGAGGUCUCAAGUAACGAGGCUGAUCUCCGACAUCGACGCAGCUUUCGCAAGCCACUCUGACGAGCGAAGCCUCAACGUAUUAUCGGUGGGGCUCAGUGAGUUGCGAAUACAGCUGAGCAACGUGAACGCAUCCAUCGAACCACUGGUACCUGACGGAGACGUUGAGCAAAACUACGCCCGCACGAUUGAAUAUGACGACAAGAUCGUCGCGUACAUCGCCACCAUCGCACAGGAGGUAGAGGAACUCCGACGAGCGAGGCCCCAAACCGGUACAACGCGGAUUCACAACGACGGCGACGGACACGUUGCAACCUCUAAGGUGAAGCUGCCGAAACUGGAGCUUCAACGGUUUGGCGGUGCAGCUACCGAUUGGCAACCCUUCUGGGAACAGUACAAGCAAGCCAUACAUGACAACGACAGCCUCUUUAACGCUGAGAAGUUCUUGUACCUGCGGUUGGCGCUUACGGGAAAGGCAGCAUCGGCGAUAGCCGGCAUUCAAGCAACGGGAGAAAACUACGAUACCGUCGUUGAGCUUCUCAGGGAGCGCUUCGGUCGGACUGACGUUCUCAUUCAAGAACACCUCUCCCAACUACUUGAUUUGCCAGCAGUACGACACUCGAGCGAGGGGGUGAAGAGCGACACUUACGGAGCUAAGCUCUGCUCUGCACUACUAAGAAUGCUGCCGGGAGAGUUAGUCAUUGAUUACCACAAGUGUCGACGUCCUACAGACAAGGAAAACGACUGUAUCAAAAUAGAGAGCCUACAACGCUUCCUUAAGCUCGAAGUGGAGAGCCGUGAAGAGGCUCAACAAGUUCGUCAGCGAGAAGCCAAGGGUAUGAGCCAUACCAAAAUAACAGAAGGUGGAAAGGCUUCUCUGAAGGAAUCAGCCGCUGCUCUUUCCUCAACUAGUCGCUCCAAGCAGACUGAACCGUGCGCAUUCUGUGCCACGAAGAACCACGCUAUACGAAAUUGUCAGACAUCAAUUUCUCUGGAGGAGAAGAAGCAAAGAUUUCGAGAAGCAGGACGAUGUUUCCGGUGUUCGAUCAAGGGACACACCUCCAAAGAAUGUCGCAAGAAAAGAAUCAUGUGUGAAACAUGCGGGCGAAGGCACAUAACUCAAAUGUGUGACCCAUCCUGGAAGAAAAGUAAGAACACCGCAGCAGAGUUACACUCUUCAACUGGCAGGAAGAGCGAUAAAACAUCUGCUGUACUACUUCAAACAGCUCAGGUCUGGGCGGAAGGGAAACAGCAAAGAGCUCUCACACGCAUCCUUUUUGAUGGAGGAAGCCAACGAACCUUUGUGAUGGAAGAACUUUCACGUAAGCUGCAGCUCGAGGUUGUUGGUGAAGAAGACAUUACUAUCUACCCUUUUGGAGGAGCAGGAAACAUCAUCAAGGAAAAACGCAGAAGGGUACGAAUCUGGCUAAGGAGCCAGUACAGCCAAAAGAAGCACUGCCUAGAAGCUCUGGAGAUACCAGAGAUUUGCUCCGAUCAUCUUCUUCUACCUGAGAGUGUAGUGCAAGGAGUCCAAGUACAGAUAGCUGAGCUGGCAGACGUCACCUUGCCACCAGCCCAGUUAACAAGACAUGGUAUUGACAUUCUUAUUGGUGCUGACUACUAUUGGGCUCUUGUCUCUGGUGAGGUCCAAAAAGUGCAAGGCGCUCUAGUCGCUGUCAAAACAGACUUUGGAUGGACACUUCAAGGACCGAUUCCCCACAGCGGUUUGACUGCCUCCUGUUCUACUGCGGCAGUUCUGAAGGCCAAUGUCAUGGAAGCUCGCUUCUUCUAUGGGAAGAAGAAAAUUCCGUGUAGGACGCGUUUACCACCCGAAGACGGAAGCGACGACAGCUGCCUAAGUGACACUGACAAUGAGGAUGCGGACUACAACCCUCUCCAACAGUUCAACGCACCCCCCGAUAAUGACACAAGCGAAGAAAGUGAAGAAGAAGAAGAAGAAUCGGUGCCAGCUUCCUCGAAAGGAGUGAAUCGGCCAGUGCACUGGUCAAAAACAUCUUCAUCUCUGAGUAAUGACGUUCCUCAGUGGAAAGGCGCAGCGCAUGAGAGCGAGGCCGUCAGGUCCCCAAUCGAGAACUUCCAGGGAUUCUUCGACGACAACGUGUUCAAUCUAAUUGUGCAGCAGAGCAAUAUUUAUGCAGUACAGCAAAACCCGAAUAAGCCUCUAGCCUUGUCCCGGGUGGAACUUGAGCAGUUUCUAGGCUGCACUGUCUACAUGUCAAUCUUCCAGCUACCAUAA